CCCCGGAAGCAGUGUCUCAGCCUCCAUUGUUCGAGCAGCUCGGUGUGCUUCUGCUGCUUCGCGUCGUUAAAGGUCUUCUCUUGUAGAAAACCCGAACAGACAGAGAGCAGGGGUGAAAAAAACAAGCAGCACCGUGUGACUGGACUUAAUUUUUAUUCUUUUUUUUUUUCUUCUUCGUCUUCCUCCGAACAGACGUUAGCUUAGCCUGCUAGCUUUGGCUGCGCGGUGUCACCUAGCAACACGCCAGCUUCCGACACCGAACACACCUGCAGGGAAAAGUUGAUGCUGCUUCGUGAAGAAGGAAAAAAACAAAAAGGAAAAAAAAAUGUCUAAAGUGCAGAUGUUGAGAGUUUUGGUGAACCAGCGGCUGACGGCAGCUGCUGAGGAGAUUCUGUCGCUGUUUGAGAGGACGAUAGCGGAGUACGAGGCGGAGAGAGAGCUGCAGAGGAGACACACGGCAGUGUGUCCUGGGAAUGUCGAGAAUUUCGCGAUGAUUCAAGAGGCUGCCCCUGAGCAGCAGAAGUGGAGCCCCCGUCCGGAGCAGAAGGAGCCAAAGCCGCCACAAAUCAAGGAGGAGCAGGAGGAGCAGUGCAGCAGUCAGGAAGGAGAGCAGCUUCAUGUGCUGCAGGAGGUUGAACUCGAGUUCCCGUUCACCGCCGUCCCCGUGAAGAGUGAAGACGCUGUCGAAGCAGGAGCUCAAAACCAAACUGAAGAGACCAGAGAUGCAGAACAUUUAAAAGUAGAAGCAUACGGAGGAUCAGAAGCAGCCAAGAGCUUCGAUCCAGACAGUAAUAAGAUUUCCUCUGAGGCCGAGGACAGCAGCGACGGCUCGAAGCAGAGCAGGGAACCUCCCUCCGGUUUCUUUCCUCUGAAAAACCCUUUCAGGUGCUCCGAGUGUGGCAAAAGGUUCGGCUGCGAGGACCACCUGCAGGUCCACAUGAAACGUCACGCCGGAGACAAAACGUACCCCUGCCCGUUUUGCGGUAAGAAAUUCACAAAGCGCUCGAACAUGACCACGCACCUGAGGAUCCACACGGGGGAAAAGCCGUUCACCUGCUCGGUCUGCAACACGAGUUUCAGUCUGCGCUGCACGUUGGUGAACCACCAGAGGGUGCACACCGGGGAGAGACCGUUCGGCUGCUCCGUUUGCAGCAAGAGGUUUUCAAAAAAGACCAACCUGACCACACACAUGGCGCUGCACACUCAGGAGAAGCCGUUCAAGUGCAGCGCAUGCGACAGGAGGUUCACGUGGUACUCCCAGGUACGAAACCACAAGUGUGUUGUCGACUGCGGCAGGUGAAGGUGGAGCUGAACCGAGCCAGGAGAUGUCGCCAUCGUGAUCUCAGCAGACUGAUGUGUUGGAGCGAGUUUGCAGAGCUUAAGGUUGUUAAACGGUCCAGUAGGUGAGCUCAGAAACUCCUGCGAGGUUAAACUGGCCUCAAAUGAAACUGUGUGCUGACUGACUGCGAAAAACUCCCUAAACUAGGACUGUUUCAAUAUUUAAUUUCAAUUGAUAUCGAUAAUUAUUGAUGCUUUUGAGUUUUUUGGGGGGUUUUUUUGUUCUGUUUUGUUUUUUUAAUAAAAACAAGCAGAAAAGUUU